AUGAGCUCGAAAUCCACCUCCAAAUGGUCCACUAACGACGACGACGAAGCCGAAGCCGAAGCCGCCGCCUUGCGAAGAAAAGAAAAGGAAGAAAAGAGGAGGUUAAAAGAGGAAAAGGCGCGCAAGGCUGCGGCUGCACAAAUCGCCAAUGCAGAGAGACCAUCAAAACGCCAACGGACAUCAGAAGAUGGCAGUGAUGAAACUCCAGGUGAAGGCGCGAACCUGCUGCAGUUCCCGGCGCGCCAAUUUGGUUCCUGCGCGCAUGUUGAGCAAUUUGAGAUGCUUAACAACAUUGAAGAGGGCUCCUACGGUCUAGUCUCGAGAGCGCGCAGGAAAGCAACUGGCCAGAUUGUCGCAUUGAAGCGCCUCAAAAUGGACUACGUCAACGACGGAUUUCCGGUUACCGGGCUGCGAGAGAUUCAAACACUCAAAGCAUGCAGCCAUCCUCAUGUGGUGGAGCUGAUCGAGGUGGUCAUGGGCGACAGCUUGAAAGAUGUUUAUCUCGUCAUGGACUUCCUUGAACAUGAUCUCAAGACCCUUCUUGAAGACAUGGCCGAACCCUUUCUGCCCUCCGAGACAAAGACUCUGAUGCUCCAACUCGUCUCGGCGACAAGUUAUCUACAUGAGAACUGGAUUCUGCACCGCGAUCUGAAGACAUCAAAUUUACUGCUCAACAACCGAGGUGAAAUCAAGCUGGCUGAUUUCGGCAUGGCCAGGUACACGGGGAACCCCCGGCCAAAGUUGACACAGCUCGUGGUCACAUUGUGGUAUAGGGCACCCGAGCUACUCCUCGGCACAGAGGCAUACGAUUCAGAAAUCGACGUCUGGAGUCUAGGCUGUAUUUUCGCCGAGCUGCUCACCAAGGACCCUCUCUUCCAAGGCAAAAACGAAGUCGACCAGCUCUCCAAGAUAUUCGCCCUUUUGGGGACCCCAACCAACGAAACGUGGCCUGGCUUCAGAUCUCUUCCGAAUGCCAAAGCCCUUCACCCAGUCCUCUCCAAAUCAGCGACGACGCCGUCAUUCCUCACCGCCUCGAAAUUUCCCUACCUCACGACCUCUGGCCUUCGCCUCCUCUCAUCAAUGCUUUCCAUGAACCCAGCCGGACGUCCCUCGGCCCCGCAGAUCCUGAGACACCCGUACUUCAAGGAAGACCCCCGUCCCAAAGCGAAGGAGAUGUUUCCCACAUUCCCCAGUAAAGCUGGACAGGAGAAGCGAAGGAGGCGAAUCACUCCCCAGGCACCAGGGCGUGGUGACGUUCCCAAGCUCGACGAGCAGGAGUUUGCCGGCAUCUUCGCUGGACGCGCUGAUGAGGAGCACGGUGCGGGCUUCUCGCUACGGCUUGGCUGA